AUGGUUGAAGAUGCCAAAUUUCUGAAAAGUAUUUCUAUAUUUUUAGUGUUAAAUUAUCUUUUGCUAGAAAAACCAUCAAUCAUAUCAGAAACACUUGCUGAUCCCGGAGCGUUCGAUUCAACUGAAAUAAAUGAAAUUGCUCAUUUGACUGAACUUGAGGAUUAUUUAGAACUACUCUAUGAAGGUAUAUCAGAAAAGCUACGUGCAUCGGCUUUAAUUUUACAACUUGCGAGAAAUUCCGACAAUUUAGAGGAGCUGUUUCAAAAUGAGACCCUUGUUGGUGCUUUGGCAAGAGUUCUUCGUGAAGACUGGAAAAAGAGCACAGAUUUAGCAACAAACAUAGCCUAUAUAUUCUUCUGUUUUUCUUCCUUCUCAAAUUUCCACGGGGUAAUAUUGCACUUCAAAAUUGGUGCAUUAAUUAUGACCAUCAUUGACCAUGAAUUAAAGAAAUAUGACUUAUGGGUUGAAGAACUAGAAAGGAAACACAAAUUAUCGAACAAUAAAUCUGAGACAAGUUUGACAACGGAUGGUAAAUCUUUGGUGGAUGAAGCACAAAAUAAUUAUGAGACAAGCUUUUUGAAGUAUAAAUCACUAGUCAGGAAACAAGAACAGUUGUUUAGGGUUUCCUUUUACUUACUACUGAAUAUCAGUGAAGACAUUAAUGUUGAAAUUAAAAUGCACAAUAAAGGAAUAGUUAGUAUGAUUUGUAAAUGUUUGAACCGAGAUAAUUUCGAGCUGUUAAUACUACUUGUCUCAUUUUUGAAAAAAUUGAGUAUAUUCUUUGAGAACAAGGACGAAAUGGUAAGCGAAAGUUAAAUUAUUAAAUUUGAAUCUUAUUCACCUAACAAUCAAUCCUAUUUCAUAUAGUCUAAUUAUAAAGUAAACUUAUUGCAAUAUCAAAUAGUAUAAAUGAAUUUUGUCUAUAAGUGAUUUCGAUUAAAAAGACGUUUUGCUCUCAAAUGGAUCGUGGUCUGAAGGCAUACUUUUUUCAACAUAUCAUGACGUUUU